CGAGAACGUCAGCAACGAAGGCUGCCUGCCGCAUCCUUGUGAGCUGCUACGACACAUCAAAGCGAAGCUUCCGUCUUGAGCAUCUGACAGGGGCGCACACAGCAGGCGCGCGCUUUUUUUGGGAGAACAUCAUCCUGACCGGGCACCACAGACUGGAGAGGAACAAGACACCAAGCACCCGACGAGGAAGAGACGCGGGAUUCUGAAUUCGGGGACUGGGGCGAUCGAGGCAGCAAUCAUGUCACGAAUUCUUGCGAGGUCGUUUGCGCUGGCGGCGAAGAGCACGGGCAGGAACGCUGGCGCAGAUCCGGUCGCUGCAGUUCAAGCGCACUGGUUUCCAGCCUCGGGCUCAAGGCGCACGGAUAGGCUGCCGAGCAGCGCCAGGCAUCUGAGCAGCAGCAGCAGACUGGCAUCCCAGCCGCUCGACCAGAUCGCAAAGCCUGUGCCGCCUUCUAUCCCACCGCCUCUCAAAGGAAUCAAAGUGGUGGACCUUACGCGGGUGCUUGCAGGACCUUAUUGCACCAUGCUGCUUGCCGAUCUCGGCGCGGACGUGAUCAAAGUUGAGCAUCCAAAAGGUGGAGACGAUACGCGCGCAUGGGCGCCGCCCUCUGCCCCUUCGAAGCCGAUCGAUCAGCAGCGCGUACCCAACAGCAAGAGGGACGCUUGGUCCAAGUUGCCCGAGGAGUCGGCCUACUUUUUGGCAGUGAAUAGGAACAAGAGGAGCAUCACUGUCGAUUUGAAGAGUCAAGAGGGUCGCGAGAUUCUGCACAAUCUUGUCAGACAAGCUGAUGUGGUCGUCGAGAACUAUCUGCCUGGCAAGCUCUCCUCCAUGCAACUGGGCUAUGAGGAUCUCAAGAACAUCAAGCCUGACAUCAUCUACGCUUCCAUCACUGGAUACGGCCAAACAGGCCCUUUUGGUCCAUCGGCGGGUUACGAUGUCAUCAUUGCUGCAGACGCGGGUCUUUUUCACAUCACUGGGGAGCCUGAUCGCCCACCCGUGAAGGUAGGGGUUGCAGUCACGGAUCUUACAACGGGCCUGUACGUUCAUGGAGCUAUCAUGGCCGCCCUUCUGGGUCGUGCGACUACUGGACAAGGUGUGCACAUCGAUGCCAGCUUGUUUGAAGCUCAGAUCGCAACGCUCGCCAAUGUUGCAUCAUCCUAUUUGAUCAGCGGCAAGGAGGCAACGAGAUGGGGAACGGCACAUCCUAGCAUCGUGCCUUAUCAGGUCAUGCCGACCUCUGACGGCUACAUCAUGGUGGGUGCAGGAAAUGAUGGGCAAUUCAAGACCCUUACUGGUGUGCUUGGAAAGCCAGCAUUAGCAGCAGACGAAAGGUUCGCCAGCAACGCAGGGCGCGUAGCGAACAGGGAUGUCCUCAUUCCACUGUUGGAAGAGCUGCUCAAGACACAGACCGCGCAGCAUUGGAUUGACAAGCUGGGCGGCAGAGUCCCAGCAGCGCCCAUCCGCAACAUCAAGCAAACGUUCGAGCAUCCCCAAGCUGUUGCUAGAGGCGUCACGACCGAAGUGGAUCAUCCUAGAGCGGGCAGAAUCAAAAUCUCAGCACCGGCUGUGAGGUAUGGAGAGGGCAAGAUGCCGGUGAGUUUGUGUGCGAAGAGAGCGAGUGCGCCAUCCAUCAAUUGAGCGCCUCGCUCAUCUCUGGCUCCGCAUCGAUGCGAUCUUUCCAGGUCACGAGACCACCGCCAGUGCUUGGAGAGCACACGGACGAAGUGUUGAAGGAGAUGCUCGACUACACCGAGGAGCAAAUCGCCGAGCUUCGAAAAAGGGGCGCCAUCGGCGCGUGAAAAGGACGUUUCAGCUUGGUGACAUGAUCGGUCCUCGAAUGCAAUCACAAAUCGCGAAUGCCACCUGCUGCGCACGGAGGGCUAAGUUGUGAUCGUCGCU